GUAUAUAGUGUCAUUUUAUCACUUGGAAGGCGAUAUACCUCUAGAAAAAGUUGUGUUAUUCGCCUGUAUACUUUGAGGUUGUGAGAGGCUAGAAUAGUUUGAAGUACCAGGGGAACUGCAUCAAGGCAUCAAGCUGAGCUGCACGGCCUAGCCCGUUCACAUGGCAUAGUUCUCUAAGGCACAGACUGUGCACUCAGGGGGAAAGGGAUAGGAGAGAUGGCUCUUCCACAAGUCCUGCUUAUCGCUGCAAUUGUUGCGUGCACUCUCGCCGACGACGAUGCCAGGGUUACACUGGAGCAAGGGGCCGUGAAAGGAAGGAAGUUCGUAUUUCUUGGGAACACCGUGCAAGUGUACCUAGGUAUUCCCUACGCCGAACCUCCAGUAGGAAGCCUACGUUUUCAAAAACCUCGACCUGCUCAACCCUGGACUGGGACACUAGAUGCCACCAAUCCCAAAUCAAGUUGUAUCCAAGAAGGAACGCCUGUGCUCGGUCCUAUUGCAGAUACCUCCGAGGAUUGCCUCUUUCUCAACGUAUGGGCACCCGCAAAACAGGGUCCUUUGAAAUCUGUCAUGGUGUGGAUUCACGGCGGGGCAUUUAACUUCGGUUCGUCUUAUCAGGAUUGGUAUAACGGCUCCGCAUUAGUUUCGAGCGAAGACGUUGUUGUAGUCACUCUUAAUUACCGUCUCGGACCUUUCGGGUUCUUAACUGCGCGCACUGCAGAGGCUCCAGGUAAUGUAGGACUUUACGAUCAAGCCCUCGCCUUGCAGUGGGUGCAGGCUAAUAUUGAAGCUUUCGGAGGUAACCGUGAUAAGGUAACUCUCUUUGGCGAAAGUGCAGGGUCAAUGAGUAUCCAUGCGCACAUGAUAUCCCCUCUCACGACUGGACUAUUCCAUAGAGGAAUCAUGAUGAGUGGCAACUUGUACACCCCGGGCGUAGCGCUAGGAGUCGAUGAAAUGCUUAGACGCGGAAACAACUUUGCAAGACACGUAAGCUGUGCCACUUUUAGUAAAGACCUUUCGACGCAGCCAGAUGACGUUCUAAAAUGCCUACGAUCAAAAUCAGCUGAAGAGCUCCAGGCAGGCUACGAAACUUUCGAGCAGAGAUUUAUAAAAAAGUUUAUGCCGAUUUUUAACGAAGAGUUCCUCCCAGUAGUUCCAUGCCUAGCAAUGAGCAGAGGCCUAUUCAAGAAAGUUGACAUCAUGAGUGGAUUAACGGAAGACGAAGGAACCAUUAUGUUUGUCUCGCAACCUGACAAACGCAUCGUCGAAGACAAUCUCCAACAUAUUAGUGAGGAAGAACUGGAAGCUUCAACGCGCUCUUUGAUGCAGUCGUGGCUGAAUGAGUUUAACGACGCUAGGUGGGAGUUUUAUCAAAAUAAAGUGGAUCCAUCUGAAUGGAAGACGGGCUAUAGGAAGGCCAGCUCAGACUUCGUCACCGAUGAACUGUUUAAGUGUCCCCACAAAGUGCUUUCCGAUAGGCUUUCGGGCGCAGAGUCAACUAUGUUCUCCUAUCUCUUCGGCCAUUGCUCUGAAAUGUCACCGUACCCAAAAUGGGCUGGAGUUCCUCAUACAACUGACAUAUUCUACUUCUUUGGGCUCCCUAUGGUUUAUCCAGACCAUUACACUGACGACGACCGUGCAUUCUGCAAGGAUGUUAUGAAGAUGGCAGCUACAUUUGCUAAAGAAGGUGCGCCUGUGCUGCCAACUGGAGAAAAGUGGCCGAAAUACACCGUGGAAGACCCAGUUUCCAUUUCCAUGAAGGCUGGAAAUUUCACUACCUUAAGAGGCAUGGACUUAAAGAUCUGCGAUCAUUGGCAGGAAAGCACGUGUUAGAGAAAAGACAAAAUGUAAAAAAAAAGGAACACCUUUUGAGUCUGUGCAGCCCUUACGCUUAUAAACUUAGCUGCCGAAAUAUG